CUCCAGGCCGUUUGACUGUGCGGCGCGUACUGCGAGAGCCACGGUUGGGCCUGCGGCUGGGAUGUCGGUGUUGAUGCCGAUGGACAAACUGCCCGGCCUGAACAAAGCCACCAUCUUGCUGGUGGGCACCGAGGACGCACUUCUGCAGCAGCUGGCCGACGCGAUGCUCCAGGAGGACUGCGCGUCCGAGUUGCAGGUCCACUUGGCAAAGUCCCUCCCGCUGCCCUCCAAUGGGAGUCGGCCCCGAAUUGACCUGAUUGUCUUUGUGAUUAACCUUCACAGCAAAUACAGCUUCCAGAACGUGGAGGAAUCUCUGUGCCACGUGGACUCCAGAUUCUUCCUGGGCAAGCUCUGUUUCCUCGCCACAGGUGCUGGGCGGGAAAGCCACUGCAGCGUACACCAGAGCAUGGUCGUGAAGCUGGCCCACACCUACCGCAGCCCCCUGCUCUUCUGUGACCUGGAGGUGGAAAGUUUCCGGGCCUCCAUGGCACAGCGCCUAGUGCGCAUGCUACAGAUCUGUGCCGGUCACGUGCCCGGCGUGUCAGCCCUGAACCUGCUGUCCCUGCUCAGGAGCUCUGAGAGCCCUUCCCUGGAGGAGCUGUGAGUCUCAAAUGACAGGCGGCGGUGAGGACCAAUCAGGGCUCGGCAGGCCAGCACCCUCCCACUCCCAGGCUCACACCAGUGAGUCCUGCAUCAUUCGAAGUCAUGGUACAUCUCGACUUCCAUCGCGGUGUAUCUUCACUUCCUUCUGGUGUAUAUCUCCACUUCCAUCGUGGUGUAUCUCCACUUCCCAGCUCCUGAAGACUAAAGGUCCACGGCUUUAAAAAAAAAAAAGUUUGAAAAUCACUGGGUCAUCCAGCGCUUCUGCUUCACAGAUGAAAAAACUGACUCAGAACAGAGGGUGUGGGGAGGGGAGCUUGAACUCCAGGAUCCAGCAGAACCCCACAUCCUGGCCCCUGUUCUUCUGGGUUCCCACUAUUGCCUCUGAGAGCCCCAGCUAGUCAGAGGCCCUGGGAGCGGCCAGGCCCUGACCCCUCCCUGCCCCUGGGGCCCGGCUGCUGUCCCUGGGAACAGGCAGGCUUGAGCCUCAGCUCCACUUCCAGUUUUCUGAUGGAUCGUGGAGUUUCAUGGACUUUCCUGUGCUCCAGCUGGCUUUGAACCUUGAUCCUUAGCUCUCCUGAAUAGCUAGGAGUACAGACUUGAGCCACCAGCGCCCCACCCCAGUAUCCAGCAAGGGUUCGACACACCUGGCUGGCUUCAAGACAGCUGAGGCCCAGCAAGUCUUGUGUCACCCCACAGUGCAGGGCUUGUCACGCUUCGCCGAGCCCCGUCACAGUGUUCCUCAGACAGGGGAGGCUGCUGAGCCCCCAGGUCAGAGUUCAUGACACUGAGACUCCUGUUCGUGCAGUCACAGAGCUGACAGGCAGCAGAGUCCUGUCCCCACCCCACACCCGCCACAUUUCCCUAUGUCUGGUGGUCCAACAAAGGUUUGGCUUUCUCCCUGGGAGGACUGAGAGGCGUGGAAGGACACAGGCCUUGCUCCUGAGAGAAGCAGCCUCAGGGCUCGCCCUUGUCUGCUCUCCCUGAGCUUUUUUGCUCAAGGCUGGCGCUUCCACCUCUGACUCUUUUGAUGGUUAAU